AUGUCGGCCAACAAGACGUCACGGCCCAAGCCGCCGCCUCCCGGCACCGAGGAAGCCUCCACGAUACUGAACCUCGGCGAGUUCCAAAACGUCGACACACUCACGCUGUCGGAAGCCUCGCUGGUGCUGAAUGCGCUGGUCGCGAAGCGUCGCAACGACCGCAAAAACGUCAACGAGACUGAGAUGCUGAGCCAGACCCUCAGCUACCUCGAUCACUUUGCGCGGUUCACGCAAAAGGAAAACGUCGAGGCCGUCGAGCGGCUGCUCAGCACGCACAAGGACCUGGCCAAGUUUGAGCGCGCACAGCUGGGAUCGCUGUGCUGCGAAAGCGCCGACGAGGCCAAGACGCUGAUCCCCUCGCUGACGGAAAAGAUCAAGGACGAGGACCUGCAGGAGCUCCUCGAAGAGAUUUCGAAGCUGCAAAACAGGUAA